GAACGACCCCCAGCCCUCGUGAGUCGUGUGACUGGAGUUCCUGGAUCCGAGAAAACCCCGUGUUCCGAUGCGCCUCCCCACUCUUCGCGGCUCCCCACUAGCUCCGCUCCGUUCCGUUACAAAACUCCGAGCCACCUAAAACCGCCCGCCGCACUGCGCCACUCGGGCCUCGGCUUACUCCCCUUCUCGCCGUCCCGUUCGCCAGCUCGUCUCCUUCCUCCUCUCCCUCAUCGCGGCCUUCCGUGCCGCGGCCAAUGGCGGCCCCCGCGGCGCCGCGCGCGACGGCGGCCUGCCACUCCCGCCCGGCGCCCCGUUUCGCGCGCCUCGCCUCCCCGCGCCGCGCGGUGUCGGCGGCCGCCGCCACCACCACCAGCUGCGUCCUCGCCGACGCCCACGGGGGGACCAAGGUGGAGCCGGUGGACGCGGGCGCCCAGGCGGCGGCGGCGCGGAGGGACGUCAGCCCGGACACGGUGGCCUCCAUCAUCCUCGGCGGCGGCGCCGGCACGCGCCUCUUCCCUCUCACGCGGACCAGGGCCAAGCCUGCAGUGCCGGUUGGGGGAUGCUACAGGCUGAUUGAUAUCCCGAUGAGCAACUGUAUAAACAGCAAGAUAAACAAGAUCUACGUUCUCACCCAGUUCAAUUCCCAAUCCUUAAAUCGCCACAUUGCGCGGACAUAUAACUUUGGUGAGGGAGUUGGGUUCAGUGAUGGGUCUGUCGAGGUGCUGGCAGCUACCCAGACAGCUGGGGAGUCCGGAAAGAAAUGGUUCCAGGGAACAGCGGAUGCUGUCAGGCAGUUCCUGUGGCUUUUUGAGGAUGCAAGGCUGAAACGUAUAGAAAACAUACUAAUUCUAUCUGGUGAUCAUUUGUAUAGGAUGGAUUACAUGGACUUUGUGCAGAAGCAUGUUGACUCUGGUGCUGAUAUUUCAGUUGCUUGCGUUCCUAUGGAUGAAAGUCGAGCUUCAGAUUUUGGAUUGAUGAAGACCGACAGGAAUGGUCGCCUUACUGAUUUUUCUGAAAAGCCCAAGGGUGAAAAUUUGAAAUCAAUGCAAGUGGAUAUGGAAAUGUUUGGAUUGUCCCAAGAAGAUGCAAAUAUAUACAGAUACAUGGCUUCAAUGGGAAUAUACGUAUUCAAGACAGAUGUCCUAUUAAGGUUUCUGAGAGGCCAUUAUCCAAUGGCUAAUGAUUUUGGCUCAGAAGUUAUGCCAAUGGCUGCAAAAGACUACAAUGUGCAGGCUUAUCUGUUUGAUGGUUACUGGGAAGAUAUUGGGACCAUAAAGUCCUUCUUUGAGGCAAACCUUGCUCUCACUGAUCAGUCUCCCAACUUCUAUUUUUAUGAUCCUGUGAAGCCCAUUUUCACAUCUCCAAGAUUUUUACCUCCAACCAAGAUGGACAAUUGCAAGGUUUUGAACUCUAUAGUUUCACAUGGCUGCUUUCUAACGGAGUGCAGUGUUGAGCACUCUGUCAUUGGUAUCCGCUCAAGAUUAGAACCGGGGGUGCAGCUGAAGGACACCAUGAUGAUGGGGUCAGAUUACUACCAGACUGAAGCUGAGAGAUUUUCUGAACUGUCUGAUGGAAAAGUUCCAGUUGGUGUUGGAGAAAAUACUGAAAUAAGGAAUUGUAUCAUUGACAAAAAUGCUCGAAUUGGGAAGAAUGUGGUCAUUAUGAACUCAGAGAAUGUGCAAGAAGCAGACAGACCGGCAGAGGGAUUUUAUAUUCGUUCUGGGAUAACUGUGGUGCUUAAAAAUGCGGUGAUUCCAAAUGGUACAAUUAUCUAGAAGAACACCACAUGAGCUAUCUGCAGAUACAAAUUCCUCCAGACGCAUUGCCUCAAAAGUACGCCAUCCAAGGUUAUAGCAUAGUUUGAGGCAUCAAUGAAGUGAAUAAGCCUCAACGAUCACAAGUUGGGUCAAUGAAGCUAAACUACGGGUUGAACACCUGCACCACGCCACCGGUACGGCCAGACAAUUGCAGGUUCUUUCAUAAGCUUCCCAGGCAAACUUUCCGAGGGACGUCUUACAUUUGACAAUCCAGCUACUGCAGUGAGUAUCGCCUGACAGGCAGAGAAUAUAUAUAUAUCUUGGAAGUCAUUUACAUCAGUAACUGUACAUGAGGGAGCGAGAUAACUAGGGUGUAAGAAAAUAUAGGGUAUUGUUAGUAAGGAAUGACUAACAAUAAAGGGCAUUUCUGUCCCCCUUUUUUAUUUAAAAAGAUUUCCAUUUGAGCAAAUGGAGUCAGUUUUAAGCUGCUAAUUUUUGUAAGCAUAAGUUAGCAGUGGAUCCAUGCCUGUGAUACUUUUAGGCCAUCUCCAGUGGAGCAUUCUAAAGGCUAGCAGUGGAGUGCUUAGCAGUUUUUUGGUUGCCAACUUACCACGUAGGAUGGACAUGUGCUAAUCUUGUAGCAUGGACGCUUGAUUAUUUGGCACAAAUGCUCAAGAUGUGCUUGCGUAUGUAACCACCACUAAUCAGUACAACAUGCAACCAACCAGGAAAAGGUCAAGAAACUAAGGACCUUCAGUGAAGAGCUUGUGCCGGAGAGGGGUCCUUCUAUAUAUGUGCUUGAUGACGUGGUUCUAUUCUUUUUCCUUAUUAUUCAUGUAUAAACAUUUUGCAUUGGAGAUGUCCUUAGACUCUUGAUUGUGAUGUUGGGUAUCUGAUUGUCUAUGGGAGGAUAACAGUUGUAAUUUGUUAGGGCAUGGUCGUUCUUUUUUCUUUUC